UAUACAUCCCCAAAGAAGAAGGUGACUCCAGUGCAAAAAUAUCUCAGUCCAUUAGUUUGGUGCAGACAAGUGUUGGAUUACCCAAGUCCUGAUGUUGAAUGUGCUAAAAAGUCACUGAUCCACAAGCUGGAACAAACAAUGUCAGCUCUCAAGAGGCAGAGUUUGUACAGCAGCCCUUUCAGUGCCGUCAGUUACGCGAGUUCCUAUAGUCCAAAUACCGGUAGUCCCUACAGCAGUGGUUUCAACUCUCCCUCCUCAACACCAGUGAAAUCUGCUUUAGUGAAACAGCUCAUACCUCCUGGUACCUCAGGUCAUCUUAAAAGUUCAGGAGACAGAAAUCCUCCGCUGAGUCCACAGUCCUCCCUGGACAGUGAAUUAAGUGCGUCGGAGAUGGAUGAAGACUCUAUUGGGUCUAAUUACAAGCUAAAUGAUGUUACAGAUGUGCAAAUUUUAGCACGAAUGCAGGAAGAAAGCCUCCGGCAAGAGUAUGCAGCAACUGCUUCUCGGCGUAGUUCUGGCUCCUCUUGCAAUUCCACGAGGCGCGGCACGUUCAGCGAUCAGGAGCUCGAUGCGCAGAGUUUAGAAGAUGAAGAAGAUGGCACACAUCACACAGUGCACCCUGCUGUCAGCAGGUUCUCACCAUCACCUCGCAGUUCUCCCUGGCCUUCACCAAAACAGUCUCCAAGAAAUUCACCUCGCUCUCGAUCACCUGCUCGGAGCAUAGAAUACAGCAGAGUGUCACCACAACCCAUGAUCAGCCGUUUACAGCAGCCUCGUCUUUCGCUUCAAGGCCAUCCUGCAGACUUGCAGACUAGUAAUGUCAAAAGUGAAGAAAAACUAAGGCGUAGUCUUCCAAACCUGUCCAGGACAUCUAACAUCCAAGCUGAGUCUGUGAAAAACAGCAGAAGUGACUCAAACUUCCAAGUGCCAAAUGGAGGAAUACCUCGCAUUCAACCUCAAGCCUCAGCCAUACCUUCUUCAAGUAAGUUCCGCUCACCUGCGGCACCAUCUCCCCUGGCUCUGCGACAGCCAGUGAAAGCAUUUAGUAACCAUGGACCUGGCUCAGUUGCCUCUCCAGAAGCCACACAGCUGACGCACAGCAGUUCUUCUCCGGGGCCUCUCGCAGCCCAGAGCUCAGGCCUGCCCAGCCCUGCCAGCAGUAUUAACAGUACAACUCUCACCAGACCGGCAGGGAUGAGGAGUGGUUUGCCCAGACCCAGUGCCCCUGCCUCAGGGGGCAUCCCAGUGCCUCGCAGCAAACUUGCACAGCCUGUUCGCAGAUCAUUACCCACUCCCAAAACCUAUGGCAACGUGAAAGACGAGAGUUGGAAAGAUGGCUGCUACUGAACUGUAAAGCUUAAUGCAAAGUUCCAGUGCUCUUGGAUGCUUCCUCACCAGGCUCAAAGACAGCUUGAUUAUACAAACUGUUCAGAUGUGACUUCUGGGAUUUGUAAAAAUUCCAAACCUCUCUGUCUCUAAUUAGCACAAACUGGCAGAGAUUAUGAAGCAGCACUUUAAUGACAUCUAACAUCAGAUGUUUGGUGGUCAUACAAUCACUUCUACGUUAGAUUGCUAUCAGUUCUGGGGGUUUUUUCUUGCUUGCUAAAAACGUAUCAAUAUGAGAGUGGCCAUGUGUGGGCAAAAACCUAACAAAUGCCAAAGAAAUGCCCA